GAGACGGUGGGUGAGCUUCUGGCGGCCUCUGAGGACUUGAAAACCACCGCUGAGCUGAUUCGGCGGUAUAUCUUGGUCGUCCACCGGGCAUGGAAGAAGGGCGCCCAAGGAGCUGCAGAGGCAGUGCCGGAUCUCAGCUCCCUGCAGCCUCUCGUGGAUUUGGCCUCAGCCAAGGCCUUGGACGAAAAGGAGGAGGACCACAUGAGGAACUGCUGCCUGCAGUCGCUCCGUGGUGAGCACCUUCUUGCUCAAAAGAGUUACUUGGAUUUGAUCCACGGCUCCAAGACCUGGGUCACCGGAGGCCUCCUGUACAUCUCGAGUGACGAGCCCAAGGGCAACGAGCGCAUGUGGGGUCAAAAGUGGCGAAAGAUCGAAGACAAGGGCUCCCUGCUGGACAAUGCAGCCACGCAGAAAGCGCUUCAGAGUUUCAAGCGCCUCUUAUCCUACCGAGAGAAGGUGGGGAAGUGA